AUGGAUCACCUACUCCACCUAGACACAGACGUCGUCUGUCUUUUGGCCAAACUUGACUCCUAUGACUACAUCAUCGUAGGAAGCGGGUUCGGCGGAGGUCCACUGGCUGAAAACCUAGCUUCCAAGAAGAAAAAGGUGCUGCUGAUUGAACGCGGUGGUGUUAUCUUCUCCACCCACGUCCUCAACACUUCGCGUCCUUUUUACAAACGCGGUGCCAGCAACUCCCCAGAGGGUAACGAGCGUGUUUACGACGCUGUCAAAGCCAAGGUCCAGCUGACCGAUUCCUCUGACAGCUAUGUCGGUGGACCGGUCUACUGUGUUGGCGGUCGCACCAACCUCUGGGGCACAUGGAUCCCCGAGAUUGGGGACGAGACACUCAAUGCUUACUUCCCUCCUGAGAUUGUGAAACAUCUCAAGGAAGGGGGUUACGCUGAUACUUACAAGUACUUGACCGACGACGAUCCUAGGGAUGGUAUCUAUCCCGAGGGUGACGGUGCUCAUGAAGUCAGUGCUAAAGACAUUGGUUUUGCCAAAGAGAAGCUCAACCAUGCCUUGAAGACGGCGGAGUUUGGCAUCAUGCCUAUCGCCGCGCAAUUCAACGCCCCAGCGCCUUACAGGUUCGCCCAGGGUGCCUACAGUACCACGCUGUCGAUCAUGAACCGGAUGUACGCCAAUGAUCCUUAUCUUUCUGUUCUUCUGAACACGGAGGUUAUUGCUGUACAGUGCAACGAUAAUGAUACGUCCGACAAGGAUGUCAUUGCACUCCAGAUCAGGGACAAAGAGACUGGCGCUCUCAAGGAACUUGGCGUCGGAAAAGCCAAAGUAAUUCUGGCUGCUGGUACAAUUGGUACCGCAUCCAUCGCCUUGAACAGUGGCUUGCAAAAGUCGAAUGACCUCGUCGGCAAGGGUCUAAUCGACCACAAUGUCUGCUACGCGCGGUUCGCCAAACAGAAGAGCGGCGGCUUUACCGAGAAACCACUCAACCUCAAGACCCAUCUCAAGGUCGGCGGAGAAGAGUGUCUUGUCACAGUCACCAUCAACGCCAAUUUCUUCCUUGCUGGAAGUUCUGCGACUCUUAGCACGACGCACUUCUACGACAAGCAAGGUCGACUCAUGGGACCAAAGUCUCCUGCGAAUGAGCAGGAGAACUUUGACACGAUUUGUGUCCUGUUUGAGUUUGUUGGUAAACUCGCAGAUGGGAACUCUGUCCUCAGUAUCCCUGGUAUGGACCCAGUGCUUGAUUUUAGGCGAGACCCCCUCAAGCAUGAAGUGCAAUGCGCCAUGGAAGAUAUUGUGCGUAAUGUGCGGGAUGCCUUUGUUGACGCGCAGCCUUUCAAGUCUCCUACAUCCGGAGAGGAACUCUGUCCCGACCCUGGACUACGACCUCAGCAUCUGGGCUUUGGUGUAUUUUCCCACGAGUGUGGAACGAUGCGCAUGGAUGGUCCGACGAAGAAGGAUGGAGUGGUUGACUCUGAUCUCAAGGUCAAGGGGAUUGGUAACCUUUGGGUGUGCGAUCUUUCGGUCAUGCCUGUUAGUCCAGAGGCCAACCCGUCUCUGACUCUUGCAGCGCUGUCGCUGAGGCUUGCUGAGCAUUUAAGUCCCGAGGUUCAGGUUUAA